AUGUCCUCCAACGAGAUAGGCUUCUCACUAUUUCCAUAUCAGUAUGUGAGCUCACGAGUGAUAGCAGCAGCAGCAGCGGCGGCAUCCACAUCCUCCACACCGAAUGCCAUCUUACAAUCACCCUCUUAUUUUGGAAGCAUCGUAGUUCAGUUUACAAGACAAGUAAUGCGACCCAAAGUAGUAUUACCCAUGCUGUUUGUGAUUGUCAUGUUAUUUGAUCUGGAAGAUGCCUUUGAUCUGGAUGAUGAUUUCUUUUUAUCGGACGACGAGGAACAAAAUGGAGAAGGAGAACCUAGAACAACAGCAGUAGUAGAGGAAGAAGACCAAGACAGCAAUUAA